GCUUUCAGCCAAUCAUAGCUCAGGAGGCAUAUACAGCGAGCCAAUCACAUGAUAGAGGGGGCGGGAUUAUUAACAACACGGAUGGGUGAAAAAUGACAUCGCAAUGAGUCUCGCAUGAUUUCAGGACUUGGUUUAUGGAGGAUAGUCUUUUGUUGUUAGAUCUGCAGACAUCAUGUGGCUACAGUUAUGUUUGGGACUGUUUGCUUUGUGCCUGGUACAAGCUACUCAGCCCGCCUUCAGAAACACCAAAAAGCUCGAUCCUGAAGUCAGUAUGAAUAUUAGUGAGAUCAUUAGACACUGGGGAUAUCCGGCGGAAGAGUUCGAAGUAGUCACGGAGGAUGGUUACAUUCUGAGCGUCAACAGGAUCCCACACGGCAUCCAGAGUAAAUUCCAGCAAGAGCCCAAGCCUGUGGUGUUCCUUCAGCAUGGGCUCCUGGCCGCAGGAAGUAACUGGGUGACCAACCUUCCCAACACUAGCCUUGGCUUUUUGCUAGCUGAUGCUGGAUUUGAUGUGUGGAUCGGAAACAGCCGUGGGAACACUUGGUCAAGAAAACACAUCAGCCUCACCCCUGACCAAAAAGAGUACUGGCAGUUUAGCCAUGAUGAAAUGGCUAAGAAGGACCUUCCCGCAGUAAUAAACUUCAUCACAAAAACCACAGGACAAGAGCAGAUUUUCUAUGUUGGCCAUUCUCAGGGAACAACCAUUGCCUUUAUGGCUUUUUCCACAAUGCCAGAGCUGGCUAGCAAAAUCAAGAUGUUUUUUGCACUGGCUCCUGUAGCCACAGUAGCCUUCACAGAAAGUCCUAUGGGCAAGCUGAGUAUCCUCCCGGAGUUUAUCAUCUGGAAAUUAUUCGGGAACAAAAACUUUUUGCCUCAGAGCGCUCUCAUCAAGUUUUUUGCCACCCACUUCUGCAGCAAGAAACCAAUUAGUGUGUUGUGUGGAAACAUAUUUUUCCUCCUGUGUGGUUUCGAUGAGAAAAACCUGAACAUGACCCGAACACCUGUAUACACGACACACUGCCCAGCUGGAACCUCUGUCCAGAACAUGGUGCACUGGGCUCAGGCUAUAAAACAUAAGCAACUGAUGGCAUAUGACUAUGGAAAGGCUGGAAAUAUUGCUCAUUAUAAUCAGACAUUCCCUCCUUUUUACAACGCGUGGGACAUGAAGGUGCGCACAGCGGUGUGGUCUGGGGGACACGACACGCUGGCAGACCCAAUGGAUGUAGCAUUGCUGCUCACACAGAUCCCUAACCUGGUGUUCCAUCGCAACAUCAAGCACUGGGAGCACCUGGACUUCAUCUGGGGCCUGGACGCCCCGCAGGAGAUGUACGAACCGAUGAUCAAGCUGAUGAAACAGAAUGUCUGACCGCCUUUUAGCUCUUAGCACUAGGACCGAUUUUUAUGCCUUUUAUGUGGAGUUUUAGUUUAUAACUAUACAACAACUAGCACUAUGCAUUCCUUAAUGAUGCAUACCUUAGCAGGGAAUUAUGGCAAAGACCAGCUAACAUUUUACUUCCUUUUAUAUUAUUUGUUUUACCUCAGAUUUGUCUUACCGCAUCUAACGCAUUAUUUGAUUAGUAUAAAUGCUGUUAACAUGAGCUGCCUUCUCAUAUGAAUGUAUCUGAGUGCUUACUGAGCCAAUUGUUGAUUCUUUCCCCAAUGUGUUUUACUGGAUACGCUGCGUUUAAUGUGAAUGUUGGAUUUUAGCCUCUAAUUACAGACUAAUCUUUGAUUCUUUUUUUUUUUUUUUUUCAUUGUGAGAUUGUAUUUUAAAUUUUCUAAAGGCACUGCCCGAAGCAUACUUAUUUUUCAGAAGGAUCAAUUGACUUACUUUAUAUGAAUAAACAUUUAUAAGCAAAUAAAAA